UCCAAAAAUCAGAUUUACGUUACGUACACACAAAAAAAUAUUACGGUAAUGACAAAAGUAACUUACUUUUGAAUUAAAAAGUUGUUAAAAUUUGCUACAUUAAAAGUUUUUUUCUUGUUUUGAAAAUGAAAACUUUUACUGCUACAGUUUUUGAAAAUCUCAUUGCUCACUGAUUUAAAAGUUUUCACUUUUAAUUCGACUGUUAAAUUUCUUUCAUUUUGACGUUCUCGUGUAACCGUGUACGGCUAACUCGCAAAUGUAAACAAACACUUUGGUGGGUCCGGUGGUGCUGGUGAGUCUAGAACGCAAAGCAAAGCCGACCGCGGCAGCAGCCAGGACUCGGACGCGGAAACCUUCGUGAGCCAAACAGCAGCAGCGGAACGCCUUCGAAGGAGGGUGGUGCAGGAGCGGGACGAGGUCGAGUGCUCAAAAAGGACAAGGCCAGCUUCCUGCAGGAACUGCAGCUGUUCCACGGCCGGAAUGCGAUGAGAGGUAGGAAUGUGGAUUCGCACCGGUUGCAUUCGGUGGUGGUGGCCCGGGAUUGGUGGUUGAAGGUCAAUUCGCGUGAGGACCGGGUCGAGAUCAUCGAGGAGAUGGCGCUGCCGAAGCGUUGCGCGAACAACGAGAUUGCGUUGAAGAAGAUUAACUUCCAGUUUUUGGACAAGUACGCGAAUGUUUAUUUUCACGAUGGGCCUCCGACGAAGAGGAGGACGACGAAAAGACAUAAUCGGAGGCUGUCAGCGCAGAUGUUGCACUCGGUGCCGGCGGUUUACAGCACCGCAACUUCCCGCCCACAAACACUCACGUCGCGACGGCGCAGCUUCAGCCGAAUGAAUCUGGACAGUGAGCCAAAAAAAAUCUGUGUCAUUCUCGAAGUAGGAUUACGUGCUCAAAAUCGAACUCCGUUCCGAGGGCCUCAUCAACUCCAUGUUCCGGAUGCGCUUCCAGGAUCGGAAACUCCCCGUUCAGGCACUUUACUUUCCAGCCGCGAAACGUCGACCACCUAGUCGACCACCCUUCCCGAAUCAAUGGCCAACUCCUCCAAGACUGUCCUGAUUGAGGCCGGAAACGUGACCAUCGUGUUACACUGCUGUCGCACGUCAAGGCCUCCAUCCGGAACUGCCAGCCUGGGGUAUUCGGAAGUGACCGGUGGCGUACCGUAUGAAGCAGAAGCUAGUGGAGAAGCGUUAAAUACAAAAAAAAAGUGUUUUUCUAACAUACUGUUUAAUUUUUUUUAAUAAAUGUUAAAAAACCAGGCACAUUUUUCUGAAAUUAUCCCUGUAGUGCUAAAUGUUGUGUAUUCUUGCCAUAAAAGGUUUCUUUUCCAAUUAAAAGUAAAAUACUUUUACCAAUACAACGAUUUUGUUCCAUAAAUGCAUGGUAGUAUCAAAAACUUUCCAACUUUUAAAUUGAAAAGUUUGAACUUUCUACGAAUAUUCACCAACGCGAACUUUUAAUCCAACGAACGAUCUUUUUAAAUUUAGAGUAAUUUUUCUUUGUGUGUAAUAAAAGAACGCCCCCUCUUCCGGUGCACUGUCUCGCGCGUUGCUGGAACCUCCACACAACCGCGUCACUUUCACGCUGUUCUGGGCCACGUGAAACGCCCUUCGGGAUUAGCGACUUCCGGACACUUCACUCCUCGCGACACUCCGGAAUUAUUCGAUUCUGACGAACUUACCGAUAGGAACUGUCUAUCCGGCUCGUAAGGGCCAGAUGUUGGGGCCAAAUCUCCCAACUAGAUCUUCGGGUGGACUGUAUUAGGGAUUCUCCGGGUGAUCAAAACACUUUGCGGAAUUCUCUUUCCUAACAAAAACUUUUAUUCCGAUCACUAUUUACAAAGCACGUCUCUACUCAAACGCGUCGCGAACUGGAGUGAAAAAUCUCCACUUCUCUCUCUUUCUCUCCUUCUUCUGCUCGUUUUGCGCGCGCAUCCGUUGCGCGCCAAUUCCCACCUUCUCGAUCGUUCCUUCCCAGUUAACUCAAUCCGAAUUUUGAAACGGAAUCUAUUGAGAAUCGUAUACAAAUUCCGUUUCAAA